AUGUCUGGUCUUACGUUUGAAAUAGCUGCAACUGCCGUUCUUGAUCCCGCAUGCAUAUUCGCACCCAGCUCUACCGAGGAUGUCUCUCGUGCAGUCAUGCUUUUCUCUCAGAAUGGAUGCAAGUUCUCUAUCAAAGGCGGUGGUCACUCGAACAUCCCCGGAGCGGCUAGUAUUGAUGACGGUGUGAUGAUGGUCAUGUCUCAGAUGAAGACAGCAGAGAUACACCCAGAAGAAGGGUAUAUCCACGUCGGUGCAGGUGUGUUGUUAAAGGAUAUUUAUUCUACUCUUGACCCCCAUAAUUUGUCCGCAGUGAUAGGCCGCUACGGUGAAAUUGGCCUUGGACUAGCAGUGGGAGCUGGUAUUUCCUACUUUUCCAACCGUGAUGGCCUUGCUGUGGAUAAUAUGCGUAAUUACGAAGUCGUUCUCGCCGACGGAAAAGUGGUUAAUGCUAAUCUAAAGGAGAACAAAGAUCUCUUCUGGGCCCUCAAGGGUGGGAAUAACAACUUCGGUGUCGUCACUCGCUUUGAUUUCAACACAGUUGCCACCCCAGGAUCUACAUAUGGUGGCCUCAUUCAUUACCCUGAAUCGUCUCUUGACAAAGUAGAUGACCUGGUAUAUGAUUAUCAUACUCGCCAGGCCGUGGAAGGCCUUCUUACUCAUGCUAUGCCUCAGUGGGUGUAUAACGGGUCAACGAAUGACACCUACAAUCUUACCCCUGUGGUCUAUAACGACAAUGUGGAAGAGCUGCCUCCAAUCAUGAAGCCGUGGUUGGACGUCCCUCAUACCUCUUCUACACUUGCACCUCGAACUUAUGAAAACUUGUCUAUAUAUUUAAACGAAGGCUUCGGCGAUGGAUUGAUACAAGAGCAGCGAGUAUUCACUGUCUACGCAGAUAAAAAGUUUUACAAAGACGUGCUUUACAAGUUUCGCGAGUGGCUUCAGAACUUCCAAGAUGUCCCCGGUUUCCUAGGGGCCCAUCUUAACAUGCCUAUCACCCCACGACAAGUCCACCAAGGUCUGCUUAAGGGAGGGAAUGCACUUGGCCUGGAAGGUGCUGGAAAUCGUACUUUAGGUGUCCUCUUUUUCGGGAUAACUUUCGAAGACCCGCAAUACAAAGAGCAUAUCUUACCAGAGCACGACAGGUUCGUUCAGUCAAUGAUCGAGCUAGCUAGGGAAAGAGGGGUGCUAUAUCCAUAUAUCAUGCUCACAUACUGUGGCUACAACCAAGCUGCCAUCGCCAGCUAUGGCCCAAAUAAUGUGGAUCGGCUCUGGCAAGUCCAGCGCAAGUAUGACCCCAAGGCUGUGUUUCAGCGUCUUGUACCCGGGGGCCAAAAGCUGCCUCCCCAGGAACAACAGGUGCAUUAG